AAGAGGAUGAGGAUGAAGAAGAGGAUGAGGAAGAAGAAGAAGAGAAGAAGAAGAAGAAGAAGAAGAGGAUGAGGAUGAAGAAGAAGAAGAAGAGGAUGAGGAUGAAGAAGAAGAAGAGGAUGAGAUGAAGAAGAAGAAGAUGAGGAUGAAGAAGAAGAAGAAGAAGUAGGAUGAAAAUAAGAAUAAUUCCAAACCGGCAAAAAGUGUAUCUGCAGAGCUCCUCUAUUUCUGACAGUUCUCUGACUUUCACAUUUACAGCGGUUGAAACAUUGUAUCUGUUUCCGAAUAAA